AUGUCUCAGUUUGGAGGUGGCGGAAAGCCAGGAGCAUGGGGGCGACCUACCGGAGGCGCUCAGCUCCCGAAUUUUGGUGGGAUUGGGGGAGUUGGUAGUUUUCCUAUGAUGGGCAUGAGUGUACCUAUGAUAAAUCAAGCAGCUUUUUCUCAAACAGGCAUGAUGGGGAUGGGUGUGAUGGGUGCAGUACCGCAACAGCAACAAAGAACUGCCGCUGCUGCUGCAGCAUCUUCGGCCGCUGCAUUGAACACUUCAAAUGCUGCUGGUAAAAACAGAACCUUCGUCGGUGUUGUCACUAAAAUGCAUGAUAGUUAUGGCUUCGUAGAUGACGACGUAUUCUUCCAGCAUUCGGUCAUAAGGGGAUCACAGCCUCGAGUUGGAGACAAAGUGAUGGUUGAGGCCAGCUACAAUCCUCAAAUGCCAUUCAAGUGGAAUGCUUAUAGAAUUCAACAUCUCUCAGGAUCAUCUACUAAUGAGGCUCACAGUGGCACGCAGGCUCGAGUUGCAUCGCCUAUGACUAAUCCUCCUAGGAACAACCAACAGUCUAGUUCGAGAUGGGGGUCGAAUGCUAUGUCAGAUAGGAACGGGUCCCGUUCAUCACCUCCUCGUCGUCGAUCUCCUCCCAGAAGAAGUCCAAGACGUAGUCCGCCGAGAAAUAUGGGUGGUCCUCCCAAGAGAAGGUCGCGUUCCCCACAAAGACGUUCUCCACCACCGGUUCGUAGGGCAUCUCCUCCCAGAGAUCGUAAAAGACCUUCAGCCGCUCCUUCUUCAAGAAGAGAUACUCCUUCUCCACCCAGAAGAAGAGCUCGAAUUAUUCCUAGAUACGAAUGUCGUGUGAAUAAACCUGUGCUCACAAGCGAACAAAUUUCUUUAGUUCAAGUGAAAUCCCGUUAUUCUAAACUUUAUAUACCUUCUGAUUUUGUUGAUCUUACUCCUGAUUGGGUCAAGCGUGUCCCACUUGAUAGUCCCAUUGAUUUUACAAAUUCUGUAUCUUUCCAUGUUUUGCACAAAGAUGUAGACUAUAUUCCUGUGGAUAAUGAAAAGGAAGCUCCAUUGGAGCCCGAAGAUUUUGAUCAUCGCCACCAAGUCAAAGUUCUACUUAUGAGUCAUAAUGGCAAACAAGAGAUAAUGAAGAAGGCUUUCGGUCUUCUAGCGGAUGGAUCUUUAGAUGAUUCCCAUGAAGUCACAUCUUUAUUGAAACAAAUUCAAUUUUUAGUUGGCGUUCGAGGCAAAGAAUUCAUGGCUAUCGGAGGAAGCUAUUCCCCCUCACUUGAUGGUCCAGACCCUGCUAAUCCCGGAACCCUGAUCAAGACGGCUAUUCGCACAACGAAGGCGCUGACUGGUGUGGAUUUGAGUGGUGUUCCGCAAUGGUACUCGCUGGUGCAGGUUCGCUAUUAUCGCGCGGACAAAGAUCGAGUGGAUCGCGUACAUCUACUCUGGCCUGAUACCCAACUUUUGAUGCCACCAGAAGAAACAUGGAAUGCACAAACAGCUGCACUCCGCUUGCAAUGCGAACAGAAACUUACAGCAAUAGAAGAAAUGAGCUUAAAAGAAGAAAAGGACAACCAGCAGCCACAAGUCCAGCAACAGGCAUCUACUGUUAAGGAAAUCUCAACUCCAACAAAGGACGCUUCGAAAGAUGAACCGAUGGAAACACCACUUUCUGUUGCCGAAAGUGAUGUCGAGAUGAGCUCUACUGAGAAACCGAAGCCAGCUGCAAGCCAUUGGAAUGACUUAGAUGUUAAAACAAUGAAGGUUGCUGAGCUGAAAGCCGAAUUGGACGCCCGUGGUUUGGAAAACAGAGGCAUCAAGAAUGUUCUCGCUCAAAGACUUCAAGAAGCUCUGGAUAAGGAACAGGAGUUGGAAGAAGACGGUCCUCCUGAAGAACCGAUGGAAAUAAAAGAAGAACCUAAAGAGGAAGUUGUCGAAGUCAAAGUAGAAGAGAUUCCAAAAACCGAAGAGGAAUUAAAGAAGGAAGCUGAAGAAAUUGCGAAAAAAGCAGAAAAGCUGGAAAAAGAAAAGAAAGAAAAGAAGGCUGCUGUUGAGAAACAUUAUAAUAUUCCUAAAGAACAAAAGAUAUUCGUUUUCCCAUCUAAAACUGCUAAGAAUGGAAAGUUUGACUGCCGUGUAGUAUCCUUACAUUCGCUUCUUGAGUAUCGUAAUGAUGAUAACAAGGAAUCCCAAUUCGAAGUGUCGUUGUUCGCUGAAGCUUUUAAGGAACUUCUAGAAAGACUUGCAGCUUUCAAAAUUUAUCAAUCUGUCGUUAAUGCGGCAGACAGAGAUGCUGAGAAAAAAAGAAAAGAUGAAGCUAAAGGUCUCGGAGAGAAGGAAAAGAGCGAGAAUGCAGAAGAAGAUAAGGAUAAGAAAGAAGAGGAGAAACCAGAAAAAAUUGAGCUCAAGUCCGUUGUUUCAGACAGGAGUUUGUUUGAAGCUUGUGUUGCCUACGAUGGCAAUCUCUGCGGCUAUAUCGGCGACAGAGAUUUGGAAGAAAUUUUUAUGAACUGCGAGUUUGGGCUCACACGUGGCCAGAUCUCCAAAUUGGUUCAUAGAAUAUGUAGUAGAGAACGCUUUAAUUAUAGAGAUCUCACCGACAACCUGGUCGAUACUGAUGGAAAUGUAAGGUUCACCCCAGGACAAGUUGAGCAGCCAACAUCAACGGAGACACUGCUUAGAGGAUACGGAUUAGCGUAUAUAGAAUCUGAGAAAGCAUUGGAUGGCUCUACGGAAAAUGUAGCGAAUGGCCAGAUGGUCGUUAUCAACGGCAACGUCAUAAAUGUUGAGCAGAAAUUAGCAUUGUUGAAGAAAAGUGAACAGGAGAGAGAUCAAGCACGAGCUGCUUUCAAUGAACAGACCUCUCUGUUGAGCCAGCUACGUGAAGCAAAACAAGACUUGGAAAAGAAAAAGAAAGACCUUGAACGUGAUUUGGAUAAAACAAAAAAGAAACUCAGUGAAACUGGGUCAACUCUGAAAGCAUCCCUUGACGAUACUGCACAUUUCAAAACCGCCUUAGCAGAUGUUAAACGUUAUGCUGAAAGAGUCCUCAGUGUUGUUGACAAAGCCUGUCCACCUACUCCUAAGAAGGAAGAUAAGGAAAAGAAAACCGAAGAGAAGGAUAAGUCGAAGGAGUCUAAGGAGAAACAGGAAAAACCUGAAGAGCCUACUAUACCUGCUGAAGUUCUUGUAUUGUCUGAUGAGGCUGGUCCUGAAGCAGGAGAAGCUGCAGUUGAUGAGAAAUCGCGUGAUAACUUCCAACCAACCAAAGACGAACCAGUGGUUCUCUAA